CCAGGGACUAACCCUUGCCCAGCUCCACCCUUGCCCUCAUGCGCGUCGACAAGCUGCUGUGUGCUCUCUUGCGCGACGACGCGUCGGGCGCCAGCCGGCCCGUCGUGAUACUCGAGAUCCUCGACGCCGACUUCUUUCAGCUCCGCGCCACGCGCUGCCUCGCCUUUGAUCCGCAUCGACUCCUUCCCGACCAAGUGCAGGCGGAGCGGUGGCGGAGCGAGUUCACUGCACACGGCCUAUGGGAGACAUUUGGCGCUGCGGCGAGACAGAUUCACAAGACGGUGUUUGGCACCGACUGCGUCAAUCCCGAGGACGACUACAGCACCUACGUCGUGCCUCUCGACGCGGCCGCGGCAGACUUUCCGUGGCGCGACAUCGGCCGCCGCAGGAGCAAGGAGACGCGCCGAGGCGAGCAGCACGACGCCGUUUACACGCCGCAACUGGCGCUGACGCCUGUGGCCACCUUUGGCGACGACGAGGGCGAGGAGGCGGGUGAGUACCGCAGCGACGGCGGUUGGAUCAGUGUCAGCGCCGGACGGCCGUACGUCCCGCCGCACUUGAGCUUGGAGGAGGCGACCGAGAGGCUUCGCAGACACAUGCCCAAUCCACGCCUCACGGUGGGCGCGUCGGGACUAGUCGGAUGGCUUCCCGCCCAGUGCGGGGGCCGGCCGCGGGGCCGGUACGUGCCCAAGGUGCGUCCACGAGACCGCUUUCUUCCGGGCGAGAAGAUGGAGGGCGAGGAGCUGCGCAAGCGGUACGCGCAGGAGAGCGGCUCGACGACCGGUCACGGGCGGAAGCGGAAGCGGAAGGCGAGCGUGUGCACGGACGUCGGCCGCGUCAUCUUUGUCUCGCCCUCGCCGCCGUCCGGGCGAGACGGCAGGUGCUUCGACCUGACCCCGCCCUCCCCGUGGGGCCUGCACCCGGUCGUGGUCAAGGCGCAGGAGCAGGACGUGGCGCCGCUGCCCGACCUCGGCCUCAACUACUUGCGCGUGCAGUCGGUGCUCGAGGCGGAGCGGCCGGGCGACGGCGGGCCCGAGUUUCGGAUCCACAGCUCGCAGGCCCUCUCCUUCCACCACACCUUUGCGGGGCGGUGGGCGGCCCACUCGGAGGAGCGCGCCGACCUGACCUCCGACGAGGCGGCCAACUUUCGCGCCGCCAUGGGCGCCGCGAUCGACCACGAGGCGAGGCGCACAAAGGCGCACUCUCCCGGCGAGGUCCUCGACCGCGUGUUUUGCGCGGGGAGAGGGAUUUUUGCCACGGCGACAGACUCUGUCCCUUGCGCGACGCUUGUCGCGGGCGAGAUGGGGAGGUGCUCGGGGACCGUGCCUCCCUACCUGCGGGAGGGAUCGUGGCGAGCGAGCGGGCGCGGCGAGUAGGACUGUGGCCGAGAGCUGGUCAGCGAGGCGAGGCGAGUCCGCGCGUGCGAGCGGUGCGGCGUGUGGGAGGAGGCGGUGUCCGGUGACGGAGUCGGAGACGCUGACGGGUUGUGUGUGUGUGUGUGUGCGAUUUCGGGCCCGGGGUUGUGCGUUUGUGUGUCCGCCAAGUCAUCACCGUCGCCCUCCCGGUGUGUCGUUUACAGCAAUCGUCCAGCGCCUGUAUCG